CGGCUUUACUCGGCUCAGUCUUUCAUCAGAUCAACAAGUUGUGUUUGUGUUUUGUGGUUGAAAAUUUAAUAAAAAAUAAAAUAAAAUGUCUGCAUCACCGAUUGCGAGGCAAGCUACCCAUAGCCAAAGCAUCCCGACUCGGCGGGUUCAGAUAUCAGAUCCAGCGCAAAUGCCUGAUGUGUAUUCCAGCACACCUGGAGGCACAAUUUAUUCAACGACACCUGGAGGCACAAGGAUUGUGUACGAAAGGUCAUUCAUGAUGUCCUUAAGUCAAUCACCUAUUUCAAGAACGCCACCCAAAUGCCCCUUACCAGCUUGCAUGAUGAAGAAUCCCAACUCGGGUCCUAUUCUGAACACAAAAGCACGCUCGAAUUCCAUCUCUUUCGAUGAGUCACAAGAAACAUUCUCUAUGGAUCUCUAAAUAGAAUAAGGCUAUAUAGGGUAUAAGCCAACGUCAACUCGGUUUAAAAAAAGAACUGUCAAAUGUUUUGGAGGGAACAUUUUAAAUUUUUCUGGAUUUAAAAAUACGAGCUUUGAUGCAUAAAUUUAAACAUUUUUUUUUAAUGUAAAUGGAUUAAUAGCUGUAAUUGGCCAUGAAAGACUCCGAGGUGAUGUUGUAUUUAUAGUUUUAUAUACAUAAUAUUGCUAAGUCAAAAUAAUCGCAAAACCUCUCUAGUCACAGACAAAAAGUUACUUGAAUGUGUAAAAGUGGACGAAUAGUAGAUGUUUGCGUUAUGUGAAAAUAAAUUCCUAUUUUUGGUAGCACGUGUCACGUUAAUUGUUGCUGCUAUGCUAGUAAUAGUUUCUCAAAAAAUAUGGACUUAAGUAUUUAAGUGUUUUGUCGACUGAUUAUGAAUUUUGACUUUAGCAUUUAGGUUAGGAAUUAUAGAUAGGCGUGACUGAAACGUAUUAUAAGCGUUGGAAACGCAAUCCUUUGCCAAAAAAUCAAAAUAAAAACUAAAAAAUUAAAUAUCAUAAAUA